CGCGGAAGCCUCUCGUCUUCUAUAUAAGUAUCUUCGUCCCCGAACCCCCACGCCUCUCGGAGCGCGCGAGCAUGGCGAUGGAACAGGAAAGGAAAAAGCGACAACCACGAAGGGGGCAUGAUGGUCCCAAUUCUGUGGCAGAAACUAUUGCUCGAUGGAGAGAGCACAACGGUCAACUGGAUGCCGAUAAUUGUGUCCGUCGAGCACCGGCAAAAGGUUCAAAGAAAGGUUGUAUGAAAGGCAAAGGAGGUCCAGAUAAUCCAAACUGCCAAUACCGUGGUGUCAGGCAGCGAACAUGGGGCAAAUGGGUCGCUGAGAUCCGAGAACCCAAUCGUGGUAAUCGACUGUGGUUAGGCACCUUCCCAACUGCGCUGGAAGCUGCUGUUGCUUAUGACGAAGCUGCAAGAGCUAUGUAUGGACCUUAUGCCCGUCUCAACUUGCCCGAACGUUAUGGUGAUAGUCAACUUGGUGCAACUAAUGGAUCAUGCGAAUCCUGCAUGACGUCGCAUCAGUCUCAUUCGGAUGUCGGUAUUUCAAGCUCAGGGGAAACCGAGGUGAUACCAAAAAUCGAGAAGACGGAUGAGCGGGACAAUGGACUAUCAUCAUCAGGCAAUCACAAGAUUGAGCAUUCUCAACCUGGAUAUUGGAAUGAGGAUUUCCCUAUAGAUGAAAUUUUCUUGGAAGCAUUGUUAGAGGGGAUGGAUGCUGAUUGCACCGGUACUUAUCACCAAAUUGGCAUGGGUGACGGUGAUGCUUAUCAGCGACGCGGUGAUGUCUCGGAUUUCCCAUUCCACCCUCAGAACGCCGACGCCGAGAUGCUUGGGGCUUUCCCUCACAUAGAUGAAGGCCUAAAUGGUUUUGAUCCCGAUGACUAUUUCUUAUGGCCUAUCGAAGGAGACUAAGAAUGUGGAUUGGCUGAGGAGUGAAAGUUACUCUGGAGCUCUUCAAAGAAGGAUUUCAGCUUUGACAUUCUUACUUGCAGAGUUCACUCUGUGGGUGGCAUAUGCAUGCGUUAGCAUUAGUCCACCCUUCUGGUGAUAUACUUUCUAUGUAUAGUAGAAUGACACUAUUUUGGAUAUAGUUCAUUGAAGCUGGCUGGUUCUCCAUAGGUUUGGAAAUGAGGGAACAAAGCUUCAUCCUCUAGUUUUGCUGACCUGUUCAUAUCCCUUCCCUUUACCUUGAAACCUUAUCCUUGUUAGAGAUAUCAAAGAGGAUCAAACAUGAAAGUGUAAAGCAUUUGCUGUUUUUAGAACUUCAGAAUAUCAUGUGCAUAUUUGAGGAUGUUGUUAAUAUUAAGAGUUCUGAUC